AUGGAUCAUCAGCAAAGCGAUCGACGAACCAGUUGGUUGCAAAAGAAGACAUGGUCCAACAUGUCAUUCAAGGUAUCCCUGGAGGGAAAUUCGUCCAGGAGGACCAGCACUUUCACGAUGAAUUCCCAGCCCUCCCAAAGAAGGAACAGGAAGGAGCAAGUCAUGCGUCUAAUCACAACACAGGCAGCUCUGUAUUCUUUCUCCUAUUUGCUGACAGAAUCUUCCAACAUUGCAGUCAGCAUUGCCUACUACACCAGUGAUCCAGUAGGAUCAGUUCCUGUUUGGGUGUUGCAAUACGCACUGAUCACCAUUCCUCUCCAAGGUUUUUGGAAUUGUUUGAUCUAUUUCAGACCAAGAUUCUUGAAAUGGAAAGAGGAGAGAGCAGAGAAAAUGGACGCUACAAGAAGAACCGAAACGGGAGGAGAUACCCAGCAAUUCCCAGCACAAAACGCUUUAGGUUACGCUCCUGCGUCAACCGUCAACAGCUGCCCCAACGUGGAGGAAGGAAAACAAGAAGAGGCGGAAUUCGAUGAAACGAUUGACGAAGAAACAUCCACCGUGUUGCCUAACCUUUGCAUGGAGGAUUUUGAUGAGGCAGAAAUCCAUUCUCAGCUUGCCAUUGAAUUGAACAAUUCAAAGCUGGCCUCGUCGGAAUACAUGACAACAUGCAAGGAACAGGAGGAACAGCCCGAACAAAAAAGUUGA